GUUUUUAUGGCCGCACUAAUACAAAUAGGGAAAAAUGAAUAGCAGGCACAGUUUAUAUAAACAAAAUAGUCAUGAUGAACAACACAAUUUGGAACAACAGGACAUUGAAGAAUUUGGAAAAAGCAUUGAAAACCAUACAAGUGGUUCGGAACAAGAUGCUACCGAUAAAGAAAGCAGUAUGUUAUUGAUACCACAGGCACAUAAAAAGGAAAGUCGAUGGAAGGAACACGUAUAUGAAUUAUCACAAUGUACGACAUUACAUGGAGUUCGGUAUCUCGGGAUGAAAGAUACAUCGAUAAUCAGCAAAGUUUUAUGGGUUUGCGUGAUAGGUUUGUGUGGUGGUAUCAUGGCAUACAAUAUGUCGGACAGACUGAUGUAUUAUCUACAAUCUCCAGUGAAUGUGAAUGUGAAGGUCCACCACAACACCUCGCUCAUAUUUCCAUCAGUCACCAUCUGCAAUCAGAAUGCAUUCAGACUUACAGCAGCGAACGAGCACAAUUGGUAUGAUUUUAUAGAAACGUUGUACAACUCAAACAGAACAUCAACGGGUAUAGAUUGGAAGAAAUACAAUGCUACAGACCUCACCUUUAGUGAAUUGUAUUUAAAAACAGGCCACACAAAGGAAGAUAUGAUACACAGUUGCAGAUUUGCUGGUAAAAAAUGUGGCGCUAAAGACUUUAAAACUAUCUUGACAGAUCAAGGACUUUGUUUUACCUUUAAGCCAGACAAGAAUUCUAAAUUGAGAGUCCAUCGCGAAUUGCGAUCAUGGCACACAGGGUCAGACAACGGCUUGAAAUUGGUUUUGAAUACGGAGCAAUAUGAACAUAUGGACGGUCCAAAUAUCGCUUCUGGAAUUAAACUACUUGCCCAUCAUGACACCGACAUACCAAGAGUGAAGGAACUUGGGAUUUCUGUUCCGACACAUUCGUAUGCUAUGAUAGGAGUAGAUUUGACAGUCAUCGAGAGUUUACAAAAACCUUAUGGGAAUUGCAAGGAUAAACCUCUCAAUUACAGCAGAGAGUAUACAAAGGAUGACUGUUUGUUUGAAUGUUUAAGUAGAGUUGCUGAACGAAAAUGUGGUUGUAGCAAUUACCUGAUACCAAAAGAUAAGACAAUUAAACCGAAAAAUGAUGAUGAAGAAGAUGAUGAAGAAGAAGAAGAAGAUGAUGAAGAAGAAGAUGAAGAAGAAGAUGAUGAAGAAGAUAUAGAUAUAAAGGAUCCAGAAUUUGUACCAGCAGAGUCCCCUGUGCAUGCUUCUUCUGGAAAACAUGUUCAAAAUAAAAUCGAGCCAUGUUCUAUUAAAAAGUACUUGCAUUGUUAUCAGAAAAAAUAUGAUUUGGCAUACCUUGAUUACAAUUUGCAUUGCAACUGCCCUGCACCUUGUUCCGCCAGGUUAUAUAAACCGUUGAUGUCUUAUGCUUCAACCGUGGAAAAAGAUGAUGAUCGAAAUAAACAGACAAGUAUUCAAUCUAGUGGCGCUGAAAUACAUGGAAAUCUCACUUUACAAGCCAAAGUGCAAAAAGCAGUUGAAAUAAAACACAGAAAAAAUGUAGUCAGACGUAAAGUAUUCAAUCGAAUACGUACCAACUUUAUGCAGGAGUAUAAAAACUAUAAAAUGAUGAUUGGUCAUGACAUGCUUAUGUAUAAAUGGAAAACAAAGUUCUCAAAAAUGCUAGAUUAUGAUCGGAAAUGUAUAGAAAAGAUGAAAGAAUUAUUUUUAUUUCAGAUAUACAACCUAGAAUAUAAUUUUAUUUUGGCUCGUCAAGAAAUGGAAGAAGAAACGAUAUCAAAUGUGUGUCAAGGAUACAAUGAAAUCAGAUCAAUUGUUGAAAAUACGUUGAUGUCCUUAUCCGUGAAGAAUCGUGAGAGCCAAUCAAAUAUUUUAUUUUACACAACACAGCUGUUUCUUCAAAGCAAAUUGGAAAAUCUUGACAACGCUGCUGAUAAUAUAUCAACACUUUUCAAUUCGUAUAGCUCAGGAAAACCUAUUUUUCAUUACUCGUUUAAAAACUAUAGCGAGAGCUACAAUAUGUUUAUUGUCCCAAAAAAGUUACUUAGAGAUUCCAUGCGCCAUUAUAUUGAAUAUUCUCAGAAAUAUUCGUCAGCAGUAGAUGGAAAUAUUGAAAGUGUACGUGUGAGUAUGAAUGAAUACUUGUCGUUGCUAAAGAGUGUGAUGGAGUCUGGAAAUCUUAAUGAACAGCGCAUGUCUGAACUCAGCAAAAAUUACAAAGACAACUGUAAAGCUUUCUUGUACAAUAAACGUGUUUUCUAUAAGGAAUGUCUUGAUAGACCACUUGAAAUAUUAAAAACAAAUUUGAAAAAUUUCACCUCUUUGACAGAUAAGUAUUUGAAAUCAAUGGAAUUCGUUUUGAAAAAAUAUAACCAAUUUAAAACAAAACUUGUAGAAAAGCCUGAUUUAACAGAGUUUUUACUGUUAUUGCAAGACUACUUGGUCAAACCGAAUAUCACUAAAGAUGAUUUGUACAUAAAAUCACGCUUAACCAAAUUAAGCAUUGCGAGAAUAGUAUCAGAUUUUGAUGGAUUGAAAAGAAUACAAAAUACUGUAUAUGAUAAAUUGUCCGAAAAUAAAGAGCCAAUAGCCGAAAUCUGGAGAGUGAUCAACUACGAUGAAAAUAUGAAGACGUUUUAUGAUUCCGUGAACAAAUCCAUUUUUUCAAAAUCUCAUUUAACAUAUUUUAAAAAUGGGCAUAGAUAUGGAGGAUCUGGUAACAUUUUCAAUUUAGCUCAAUGGUGGUGGAGACCAAGUGAUGUCGUUUAUGGUAUUUCAAAUUUAGAAAAACGAUUUGAUGAGUUAUAUGAAGACUUGAAUUUAUUCAAGAAACAAACGAGAAUUGAUGAUAACUUUAACAAGACCAACUUUCUGCCGAUAGAUAUUUUCUUCAGAGAGCUGAGCUUUAUGGAAAUAAAACAACAAGAAGCCUAUGAUUUAUGGGCAUUUUUUUGUGAUGUUGGAGGAGCACUUGGUUUAUUUGUUGGGGCAAGUGCAGUAACUCUUUUUGAGUUUAUGGACUGUUUGGUACACAUAGUGUUAUCAUUACGUAAAAAAUAACUUGUCUUUUAUAUGCUAUUUGAAUUUCAAUAAAAAUAACUUAUUCUU